UACGUUUAGGAUCAGAGGGAGCAUGUGUACAAAUUUUGUGCUGAUCCGAAGAUAUUCGGAUCGAAUGCAAACGUGCACUGAAAUGCGACUCACCACACCUUUUCCCUUGUAACAGCGACAGCUUGCUGUGCGCUAGUCGUAAAUUAUCCCCUUUCUAAGCUUCUCUGCUCUGUGGCCAGCAGGAACAGGAGGCGCAACUUCCUUAUCAGCACAUCUUCAUCUGGGAGCCACAGACGUUUCGCAGAAAUGUGCAACAUGAACAGGACUACAGGAACGAUGGAACGCUACUGCGCAGGUGCACGAACCCAAACCCAACGCCAUGCCUAUAUAACGUGUCGAGCACCCGGCAAUGCCCAGCAGCGCCAUCUUGUGUGACGCCGUAUCACCGAGCAGCACAGCAGCCACUCCAGAUAAGAAGAGAACAUGGCUCCGCCGGUGUCCGCCGACGCCGUUGUGGUCGAGGCUGCCCCUGCUGCGGCAGCGUCCAAGGUGGCCGUGCUAAACCAGAUGGUCUGCACGAGCGUAGUACCGGCGGCGCCGAUCGUCACCGUCGUCUCCAAGCAGACCGUUGUGCCAGAGGGCGUGUGGGCAGCAACAGGAGACCUCAAGCUGUCCGUCUCCGACAUGCCCAUGCUGUCGUGCCACUACAUUCAGAAGGGCCUGUUCUUCCCCAAGCCUCCAGUUGGCAUGCCAAUCACUGCCAGCCUCGCGACGGCGCUCGCCCGCGCGCUCGCUGUCUUCCCGGCGCUCGCCGGACGGCUCGUCACGCUCCCCGACGACCGCAUCGUCAUCCGGUGCGACGAAGGCGCGUCCGUGGAGUUGUACCACGCGGUGGCGCCUGCUCUGUCGCUGGCCGAUUUCCUCGUGCCGGACGCCGACGUGCCGACCAGGCUGACCAAAGACCUGUUCCCCAUGGACCGCACCGUGAGCUACGAGGGCCACCGCCGCCGGCUCACGUCCUUCCAGGUGACCGUGCUCGGCGACGGCGCCGUCUUCGUUGGCUUCGUCGCCAACCACGCCGUCGUGGACGGCACCUCCUUCUGGCACUUCUUCAACACGUGGGCCGGGCUUUGCCGCGGCGCGGAGGCUCCGGAAGUACAGCCGCCAGACUUCCGCCGCAACUUCUUCGGCGACUCCACGGCCGUCCUCCGCUUCCCCGGAAGCGAGGGCCCCGCGGUGACGUUCGACGCCGCGGCGCCCCUCCGCGAGCGCGUCAUCCACUUCAGCGCCGCGGCGAUCCGCGACAUGAAGGCAGCGGCCAACCGCAGAAAAACCAGUGGUCGAGCUAAAGAUAAUGCCGAGGUUAACGGCAAGCUCGCCCAUGACUCGAGGGAGAUCUCCUCGUUCCAGUCGCUGUGCGCGCACAUGUGGAGGGCCGUGACGCGGGCGCGGCUGCGUCUGUCGGCGGACGCGGUCACCACGUUCCGCAUGGCCGUCAACUGCCGGCACCGGCUGCGCCCGAGCAUCUCCCCGCUCUACUUCGGCAACGCGAUCCAGAGCGUGGCGACGCACGCCACGGUGUCCGAGCUGGCUUCCGAGGACUUUCCCUGGGCGGCGGCAAAGCUGCACGCGACCGUGGUGGCGCACGAGGACGGAGCCAUCCGGCAGGCCGCGGCGGACUGGGAGGCCGCGCCCAGGUGCUUCCCGCUGGGCAACCCGGACGGCGCGGCGCUCACCAUGGGCAGCUCGCCACGGUUCCCCAUGUACGACGGGAACGACUUCGGGUGGGGCCGCGCGCUGGCCGUGCGGAGCGGCCGCGCCAACAAGUUCGACGGCAAGAUGUCGGCGUUCCCGGGACAGGCCGGGGACGGCAGCGUCGACGUCGAGGUGUGCCUCGCGCCGGACACCAUGGCGCGACUCCUCGGGGACGAGGAAUUCCUGCAGUACGUGUCCCGUGCACCGUUGUGAUGCACGGGUUUUCGCAGUGCAACGUAUCUGGUCCAUCCCGAGAUCCGUGUUGUACUACCAGCGCACGAGAUGUGACAUGGGACAUGGCCAUCUCUGAUCGAUGUGGGCACUGGGUGGAGUACUCUGGACAUGUAACACAUGUUGCUGCCCGGCACAUGCAUACUGGUCUAGCUACCGGAUUUGUAUGAUCGCAAAAUAUCACAUGAAGAAAUAUCAAGUACUAGUCCGAUACUGCAGUCGGAGGAGUGACCAGGUAGAGCUGCACAGCGACACUGGUGUGGUGCCGCUCAAGACUGGAACCGACAAUAUGUACCAAAGAGUCAAAGACAUGGCAAAGCGCUGACAACAACAAGGGAAAAAAACCGACAUGCUCUGUUCAUUAUAUCGUUGUAGUACCAAACAUGAGCAAUAGUUAUGAGUUUUGGAGUUGAAAUGAGACUUCUUAGUUACUCCUCGUUACAGAAAGUUCGGCAAGAUUUUCAACUAAAACCAGUUCAAAGUCGUGCAAAUUUUUAGGUAGAAGUUUGGUUCUGGAGCGAGGUGAAAUGGAAUGUAACGGUUCUAUUUUUACAGAAAUGGAAUGGAAGGGGAUUUUUAGGCCUCUUGACUA